AUUAGCUGCGAUUAGAAUUUGUUGUCGAAGCAUUGAAGCUGGAGAAAAACAACAACACAACCAUAAAAUAUUGUUUUUGUACACACUGCUAUUAAAUAUAACAACAGAAGAGAGCGCUGUAGCGAAUACUCAUUUGGCGCUCACGCUGAUAAGCGAUCGAACGGUAGAAACAGCGCGCGCUAGCCACGCACGCUCGACGCGCAAGCAAUAUACGGCGGCAGUCACCAAGUGGCAGUCGCGCUCAGUAGAUCAGCGGUCAAUUCUACAGUGAAUUAGUGCGUGUCGCGUUUGACGCUCCGUUGCGGUCUCGAGAGUUUCAUCACACGACCAGAAUUGCUUCCGCGCCUUUGAAUGAUAAGUCGGUGCGUGGAAAAGUUUGAGGCGCCAAGUGAUAUUGAGUGGCUGUGGUGUUGAUAAUUAGAUAAAGUCGCAGAAGACACUACUUUUUUGUUGUUGUACGUUGAGCUCAGCGCUGUAAGCAGACGCAAGUGAAACAAAUGGAUCUGUUUUGGUGGCGAAAGGAACCGGAGCCACCACCGCCGCCACCGCCGAGCGCCAUGCAGAAUCGACUGAUUGAGUUCGUGGCGGGCUCGCUGGGUGGCGCCACGCAGGUGUAUGUUUCACAGCCGCUGGAUACGGUUAAGGUGAAGCAGCAGACAUUUCCCUUUCUCUACAAAAACAUGUUUGAAUGUUUUGUGAACACUUACAAGAAGGAUGGCAUAUUUCGCGGUCUCUACGCGGGCAGUGUGCCGGCCGUUAUCGCAAAUGUGGCUGAAAACUCUGUGCUCUUUGCCGCAUAUGGCGGCUGUCAGUCUUUCGUGGCAUAUCUGGUGGGCAAAGAGAAUCACAGUCAACUGAAUACGACGGAAAAUGCAUUUGCUGGCUUCUUUGCGGCGUUCUUUUCGACCUUCACGCUGUGCCCCACCGAGUUGGUGAAGUGUAAAUUGCAGGCGAUACGCGAGUCCCAUGAAUGUUGUCCUGGCAUACCGGCCAACGAGCAUAUGACGCCAUGGAAAUUAACCAAAAUUAUCUACAAAGCAGAGGGUGUGCCCGGCUUUUUCCGCGGUCUCACGUCGACGUUCAUGCGCGAAAUGCCCGGCUACUUCUUCUUCUUCGGCAGUUACGAGUUAACGCGUGAGCUGCUCACUAAACCCGGUCAGACGAAGGACGAUAUUGGUCCACUUAGAACCAUGUUUGCUGGCGCCGUUGGCGGCGUUAUGCUUUGGACAAUGAUUUUCCCCGCCGAUGUCAUCAAGAGUCGCAUACAAGUGCAGGGCUUGAGUCACGGCAUGUUAACGGUGGGCGUCGAUAUUGUGCGCAAAGAGGGUAUACUAGCACUCUAUAACGGUUUAUUACCGUCCGUGUUACGCACGAUACCGGCGACAGCGACGCUAUUCGUAGUUUACGAAUAUACGAAAAAAAUAUUGCACGAGGAAUUCGAUCCGAAAAACGCGCCGACGGACAAGAAAUAACAGUUUUUUUUCAAUAUUUGUUUUUAUAUUGUGUUCCUUAGAUAUAUAAUUUGCUAACUAAUAUUAGUGAGGUUAUUUGUACAUUUAAUGUUACAAAUUUAUUGUAUUGGCUAAUUUUCGUUUUAAAAAUUGUUGACGAUCCAUGGGAGUCUCUAGUGCGCGCCACUCGUGCCAAUAUAUCUGCAAAUAUGUAAUUAAGUAGGUGUAAGAAAUAUUGAUUGUUAAUUUUAAGUAAAACAACAAUUUAGACUAAUUUUUGUUAUAGAAAAGGCGUGAAAAAUAAAUGAAUAUGCAUAUAAAUAUGAAA